AUGAUCAAUUUUUAUUCCUUGAUUUUCUCAGAGUCAGCCUGUGGCAAUGGUUUGAUAGAGGAUGGAGAAGGAUGUGACUGUGGUACACUAGAGGUGACUGAAAAAUUAAACUUAACUAUUCCUAGCCAUGUUUCCUAUUAACCAUGUUUCCAAGACAAACCAGGAAACACGCAUGGUUGAUGGUUUCCUAGCCAUGUUUUCCGAAGAUGAAAAAACAGGUAACAUUGUUUCAUGGUCAUGUUUCCCAACGGGGGGAAUCAAGAAACAAGGUUUCUUACCGGGACAUGAUUCCUGAAAGUGAAAAAACACGUUUCCUGGCCAUAUUAAUCAAAAGUGAAAUUGUAUAUAUAAUAUAGUGGAAUUCUAUGUAUAAUAUUUUGAAAUCUUUUACAGAACUGUGAACGUGCUAACAACACUUGCUGUAGUAACUGCCAGGUAAGGAAUGAAUAUAUAUACUGUUGUGUGCAGUAACUAGACAUGAAUGAUCUUGUAUUGGAAUAAUAUGGCAUGAAACUUGUGCAAAGAACGAUCUUAUUUGUAUUCUUAACUUUAUUAACCUACAUUUUGAUCUUGUUAAUCGAUUUUUUUUCAUUUCAGUUUAUCGCUAGAGGUACAGUUUGUCGUGAAGCAGUAAACUCGUGCGAUGUUCCGGAGUUUUGUGAUGGAACAAGCCAAGUUGUGAGUGUUAAAACAUAAUUUAUUUUGUGCAAGGUAUCCAAGAAACGUUUAACAGAUAUGAUUUUAAAACGAUCCGAAAUAGACCUUUUUCAUAAUGACGUCAAAAGCAGAUAAAUACGUCGGCUCCAGCUUACUCUCUAAAGGCCCGUUUACAACCAGCUUACUCUCUAAAUCAUUGAACUCUUAGGUUCAGAAUAUCAUAAUUCGUCUACUCGUUUCCAUGCUUCAGAAGAAGAAAAUCUCACUAGAAAUCGCUGCAAAAUUUACAAGUGUAAACGGGUUUUAAGGGUGAUGUGACACAGAUCGAACAAUUUUGAACAACAAUUUGCAAAUGCAAAUCGUUGCCGAGCGAAUCAAUAUAACAUCAUUUGCAUUGCCGUAUUGCCCUGUGUAACAUCGAAUUAAAUGUUUGUCCUAAGCAUGACAUUUAGCGAUGGUAACUUGUGGUUUUCAAUGUGGAGUCCAAUAAUUUGGUACAGAGUUAAUUUGCCUGGCGCAACCGAGAUGGUGUUUGGUUUGACGUACUAACACUAAAUUGCUAUUCUUUGUCAUAUUUUAGUGUCCUGCUGACCUGGUGACGGUGAAUGGCAUAUCCUGUGAUGUUGAACAGGUCAGAGAAGCAUCUUAUAUCUUUUGUUUUAUCUCAGUUAGACCUUUAUAUAUUGGUGCGUUCUGGGACAGCAGAUGGCACGUAACGUCAGAAACGUUAUUUUCAAUUCGCCAAUAACGUUUGUAAAUUUUUCUUCUACAGGGAUACUGUUACAGGGGAGAAUGUAGAACUCAUGAUAAUCAAUGUGAUCAAUUAUGGAUUGGUGGUAUGUAUCUGGUUUAACUAUUUUCUUUUUAAGCUUGAUGUGAUUUUUUAUGGUCCAUCCAUAAAACCUUUGCGCACUGGAUGACUCAAUGGUAUGGAGAACAUUGGGAUUUUCAAAACAAUGAAAAGGCGAUGGAACAUUUCCAUUAGCCCAUCGCAGCUGGUAGGCACGAAGAAUCUUGUCUUUUUUAAAAUACAAAAUGCAAGGAUCGUUCCGAUCUCUGGACCGUGACUAGAUGGCAUUAUUGUUAUGGCAAGAUUUAUGUUGUUCUUGUUGUUCGCCUUUAGGUUCAGCUUAAAAAUGCUGUUGUCUGCUUGUAUCUAGGUGCUUUCAAAGCGGAUGAGUCUUGUUACGAAGAUGGAAACAGAAAUGGUGAUGAAACUGGUUACUGCAAAAAACUGUCAGAAAAUAAAUAUAUGGCUUGUAAAAACAAGUAUGGUAAUGCUUAUACUGUUGAAUCCACUAGUUAAGAAGAGGGGGAAUGGAAUCAGAAAAAUACUAUUCUUUGGAAGAUUGGGAAAAUGUUGGUAAUCAUGGAUGAUUACCAACCUAAGCUAUUCGUACAACCCCCAUGACAUAAUGAGAAUACUGUAAUAUUCUUCAGGGACGUUCAGUGUGGUAAACUAAUGUGUAUUGGUAGCAGCACGAUAACACCAAAGGAUCUUGGCUAUGGUUUGAGCAGUACUAUUCUUUUUUUAAAUAAUGGACACGAAUGUCA